CCUCCCCUUCCUUUCCCGCUCUGCCCUCACGAAAUGGCGGCGGCCGAGUCGUUCCUUCCCUUCGGCCCCGGGGCCCGGAGCGGCCCCUCCGCCGCCUCCCGCCGCCGCUCCCGCGGGCCCCGCAACCGCAAGAAGGGCUGGAAGCGCUGGAGCGGCCCCGAGGCGCGGCUGGGCCGCGAGAUCGGCGAUUUCCUCGAGGACGUGGGGCUGCAGGAGCGGGCGGCGGGGGGCCUGAUCUCGGAGCAGCCCAACGAGGGGCUUUUCUUUGUGGACACGGGAAAUGCCCCCAAAGGCCGACGCCUCAGGAGGACCCCAGAGAAGCCCCUUCACGUGGACCUCGUUCUCCAGCCCCUCUCCAAGGUGCCCCCUCCCAAAAAGUGAGUCCAAAGGGGCGAUUUUUGGGGU